AUGGAUUCCCAGAGCAUUCGUGACCUUGAGUCGGAGAAGAAGAUUUGGUCAGGUCAAUGUCGUGUCUCCAGAAUGUGGCUUGGGGUGAAUGUACAUACAGACAAAGUUCUCCAUUUCGACCUCAUUCUGAUGGAUUCAAAGGGCAAUGAUAUCUGGGUACAAAUCCCUCCUGUGUUGAUAGAAAAUUUUAAGAAGAUGCUGAAGGAGAACCAUGGUUACAUUAUCAAGAACUUCGAUAUCAAUACAACUGGACUGAAAUAUCGACCUAUUGGGAAUCCAUAUUUGAUACAAUUUAGUAGGAAGACAACUGUUCAUCAUGUUCCUGAAGUUCCUGCAAUUUCGACCUUCAAAUUCAGUUUCCUAAAUGCAAGUCAGAUGGCAGGCAAAUUGGGUCAUGUUGAGAUCCUUUCAGAUGUUGUUGGUCGACUGCGCACACAUUCAGAUGCAAUUACUACUACCAGCCUUACUCGGAAAACUAUAAGGAAAGAGCUCACAUUGCAACUGAUUGAGUGA